AUGAACUUUCAUGGCUUCUGCUAUCUUCUCCACAUACUUGCAUGGUUUCUUCUUUUGACUCACUCAUAUUCUGAUGAUGGGCGAAAGACCUACAUCGUGUACAUGGGUGAUCAUCAAAAGGACGUGGAACUCUCAGAAUCACUUCACAUCAGAAUGCUUCAAAAUAUCCUUGGCAGCAAAUAUACACCAGAUACUUUGCUACAUAGCUACAAGAAGAGUUUUAAUGGUUUUGUUGCAAAGCUAACAGAAGAGGAAGCAGUGAGAAUGGAAGGAUUGGAUGGAGUGGUUUCUGUUUUCCAAAACAAAAAGAAUGAACUGCAUACAACAAGGUCUUGGGACUUCAUAGGCUUAUCUCAGACUGUGAAGAGAACAAAUACAGAGAGUAACAUAAUUGUUGGAGUAAUAGAUAAUGGAAUUUGGCCUGAAUCUGAUAGUUUUGACGACCAAGGAUUUGGUCCACCCCCACAAAAAUGGAAGGGAAGUUGCCAAAACUUCACCUGCAACAAUAAAAUAAUUGGAGCAAAAUAUUUUCACAUGAACGGUCCAUAUGGAAAAGAAGACUUGAUAUCUCCAAGGGAUUCAAAAGGGCAUGGCACUCACUGUGCAUCCACUGCUGCUGGAAACUCAGUUGAGUUCACAAGUUUCUUUGGCCUUGCCUCAGGGACAGCCAGAGGAGGAGUUCCUUCAGCUCGCAUUGCUGUGUACAAACCAUGUUGGUCAUCAGGUUGCGAUGAUGCUGACAUCCUUCAUGCAUUUGAUGAAGCCAUUGAAGAUGGUGUUGACAUCAUUUCCCUUUCAUUAGGACCUACCGAAGUACAACACAACAACUAUUUCAAUGAUAUAUUCGCCAUUGGGGCUUUCCAUGCAAUGAAGAAAGGCAUAUUAACAUCCACUUCGGCUGGUAAUAGUGGUCCAGAGUUUUAUACAGUAUCCAAAAAUGCACCAUGGUUACUUUCUGUAGCUGCUAGCACUAUAGACAGAAAGUUUUUUACCAGUGUUCAGCUGGGUGAUGGCACAGUUUAUAUCAGUUUAUACAAGUUUAAAGAGUUUUAUGGAGUUUCAGUCAAUACAUUUGAUCUGAAAAACAAGAGCUAUCCAUUAAUUUAUGGUGGAAAUGCACCCAACACCACUGGUGGAUUCAACAGUUUCAGAUCUAGUUUAUGCCUCGAAAAUUCCUUGGACGAGAAUGUGGUGAAGGGAAAGAUUGUUUUGUGUGAUGGUUUUCUAGAUCCUGCAUCUGUGGGAUUGGUUUCUGGAGCAGCUGGUAUUUUACUAAGAAGUUCAACGCCAAAAGACAACGCUUUUACAUUUGCUUUGCCAGCAGUUCACCUUAGCCUAGAAGAUGGGGCACUCAUACAAUCUUACAUAAAUCUAACAAGUAAUGAAGGCAAAGACUCAUUAGCCCCUUACAUAGCUUCAUUCUCUUCCAGAGGACCAAAUGCAAUCACUCCAAACAUUCUAAAGCCUGAUUUAGCUGCUCCAGGGGUUGACAUUUUAGCUGCAUGGUCUCCAAUUAUGUCUGUUUCUGAUGUCAAAGAAGAUGAGAGAAAAACAAAAUAUAGUAUAAAUUCUGGCACUUCAAUGGCAUGCCCUCAUGCAACUGCAGCAGCUGCUUAUAUCAAAUCAUUUCAUCCAGAUUGGUCCCCUGCAGCAAUCAAAUCAGCAUUAAUGACCACUGCUACCCCAAUGAGCGUACAACUUAAUCCGGAAGCUGAAUUUGCUUAUGGUGCUGGUCAAAUCAACCCCAUCAAGGCACUGAAUCCUGGCUUGGUUUAUGAUGCAAAUGAAACUGAUUAUGUUAACUUUCUAUGCGGCCAUGGUUAUGAUACCAAAAAGCUAAAAUCUAUUACAAAAGAUAGUAGUAAGUGUACACAAACCAAUAAUGGAAUGGCUUUGGAUCUUAAUCUCCCAUCUUUUGCUCUUUCCAUUAACAGCUCAACACCUUUUCAUGGCACUUUUCAUAGAACCGUUACCAAUGUUGGAUCCAAUACAUCAACAUAUAAAGCCAGGGUAACUGCCCUACCACCAUCUUUGUCAAAUUUCAAAGUGGAGCCAGAUGUUAUCUCCUUCUCAUCUGUGGGUCAAAAGAAAUCCUUCACUCUUUCCAUUGAAGGGACACUUAAUGUGGAGAUUUCUUCUUCUUUUUUGAUUUGGGAUGAUGGAACUUUUCAAGUAAGGAGCCCUAUUGUUCUGUUCCUACCACAAAUGUAA